AGGCUGGGCCUGUCAUUGGCCUUUUAUUUUGGUGUGGUGAAGUGAAGAAGAGGGAAAUGUCAACGAAACCCAUUGCCCUUGAUGAUAAGUCAUCUCUUAAAGAGCUUGAUCAGUGGAUUGAACAGCUGAACAAAUGUGAGCAGCUUCCUGAAAACCAGGUCAAAACGUUGUGUGAUAAGGCAAAGGAAAUUCUUGCCCGUGAGUCAAAUGUGCAAGAAGUGAAAUGCCCCGUGACUGUGUGUGGCGAUGUGCAUGGACAAUUCCAUGACCUCAUGGAGCUUUUCCGAAUUGGAGGAAGGUCUCCGGAUACCAACUACCUCUUUAUGGGGGACUAUGUUGAUCGUGGUUACUACUCCGUGGAGACAGUGACAUUGUUGGUUGCCCUCAAGGUCCGCUUCAAGGAUAGGAUAACAAUCCUCCGGGGAAAUCAUGAGUCCCGACAAAUCACCCAAGUUUAUGGCUUCUAUGACGAGUGUCUGAGGAAGUAUGGUAAUGCAAAUGUAUGGAAGUAUUUCACAGACUUAUUUGAUUACCUGCCAUUGACAGCCCUGGUCAACAGCCAGAUAUUCUGUCUUCAUGGAGGACUCAGCCCAUCAAUUGACUCCUUAGACCAUAUCCGAGCUCUAGACAGGCUACAGGAGGUGCCCCACGAAGGCCCAAUGUGUGACUUGCUUUGGUCAGACCCAGAUGAUAGGGGUGGUUGGGGCAUUUCCCCCCGAGGUGCCGGCUACACCUUCGGCCAGGAUAUUUCAGAAACCUUCAAUCAUUCUAAUGGACUUACUCUUGUUGCUCGAGCGCAUCAGCUCGUCAUGGAAGGCUACAACUGGUGUCAUGAUCGGAAUGUGGUGACCAUCUUCUCUGCCCCUAAUUAUUGCUAUAGAUGUGGAAAUCAGGCAGCCAUUAUGGAACUAGAUGAUACCCUUCAUUAUUCUUUCCUCCAGUUUGACCCAGCACCAAGAAGAGGGGAGCCACAUGUCACUCGUCGCACCCCAGAUUACUUCCUCUGAAACAUGCAAAAACACAAGAGAGAGAGAACAAGGAACACCUCCCCACCCCCCUCCUUCAUUCCUGUCGCAACCAGAGACUCGUUCACCUGUGUCACUACUUCCGUACUCUUUGUGUGUCAUUUUGUUCUCCUGCCUCUCUCUCUGUUCCCAUCCAUCCGAAAGCCCCACAUCCACAUCAGGUGACGGCUUUUCGUGUAGAUAUACCCAUAAUUAUGCCCGAUUUGGGAAAGACCAUAAGAACCUGAAUAAAUUUUCAAUGAGGUGUUCUAGUCCCUUCAGGGGGCUGCAGCAAAGGACCAAUGAUGGCAAGACAUGCCGAGGCAACACAAAUGGGACAUCAAUGAAUAUACCAUGAGUGUGCGUGACUGUGUUGACGUGUGUUAAGAACGGAGAACUUAAAGAGAAUUUGUGAACAUGUGCAAAAGUGAACCUUAGUCAAAGGGAUAAAAUACAGGCAACAGAGUCAUGCUGACUUGUUUUCAGAUUCACAGAAGUUUUUUUUUUGUUUCUUUUGAAAGAGAAUACAAAUGCCAUUGUCAUGUGGAAAAUAUGUGUAUUCAUGCUUCAUAUUUGGCUGAC